CCUCCCUCUCUUUCUAUCUCCCUCUCUAAACCAUAGCACUAUAGCCAGACUCAGACUCAGACACAACACACACACACACACACUCUUGGAGGGAAAUAACACUAGGGAAUGACUGACACGUGCAUAUGAGUGGAAAUUCUCACGGUUGGACGCUGAGGAGAAAACCAAGGAGAACUUUUGUGAAUGAGAACACAAAAAGAGAGAAAGAGAGAGAGAGGGAGGGAGAGAAGGAGACUGAAAGAAAGAGAAAAGAAGAGGGCUUUAUGAAAAGGGCAGCAGAAGAGGGAGGUGUGGCAGGGAACGGAGGAACCCUGUGAACAACAGAAUAAGAAAGAGAAAGAGGCGCUGGGGGGAGAAAAGUACAUUUGGCUGAAAAGAGCGAAGGCUUCUGGACACAUUGAGACAGAAAGAAAGAGAGGGGGAUUUUCACACUGCACUCUUGGGAGGACGUUCUACACUUAAACGACAGGAGCGAAAGAGCUUCUACACUCGUCUGAUAUGGAACUUCAGUGUACUUUCCUGCUUUUGGGUCUCAUGCUGGUGGUGUUGCCUGAUGGAGCGGAGUCGUCAUGUGAGUACGGGUUUCUGAGGUCAGAUGGACAGUGUGUAGAUGAGAACGAGUGUGAAGACAGCCCCUGUGGUAAUCACUCGCUCUGCAUUAACACGAAUGGCAGUUAUUACUGCCAGUGUAAGAAAGGCUUCAAAUCCCAAACAGUAAACUUCACUGCCACCACAGGACAAUGUCAGGAUGUAAACGAGUGCAUACUGAGUAGUCCAGGACCAUGUCCCAAGAAUGCAGUGUGUAAAAACUCAAUUGGUUCUUACCGAUGUGUGUGUUUACCCGGGUUUCAGGACAAACAAGUAGGAUCUACAUACACCUGUGCAGUGAGGCAGCAGACAUUGAUGAGUGUAUGUCAGCGCACCCCACGUGUGGAAAGCAUGGUGAGUGCAGAAACACACUGGGCACAUUUACCUGCUCGUGUCCUAUGGGGUUCCGUAAUGAAGGCGAAAGCCAGACCCCUUGUGAAGACAUUGAUGAAUGCGAUGGAGAAGAACAUGUGUGGUAAAUCUGGCACGUGUACCAACAGCGAGGGGAGUUUCUUCUGCCAGUGUGACCAUGGUUACAGUAACUAUGGAAACAAUCAGACGAAAUGCACAGAGUUGGACUGUAAUAAACUCAACAGAACAUCUAAAAAGGGGGUCACAGGGAUGAGCAAUUUGCUGCAUCUGUUCACGACGAGUUGUGAGUUGAUAAGUGGUUCAUCGCGGGAACAACGCUCAGGAGAAACAUUACUGCAGAGCCUGCUGAAUGUGACAGGAGGAGUGUUAUCAGGUGGGAACAUGAACUCCAGCUCCACUCUGAGUGUGUUUUUCGAAGCAGUGGAGAACACAGUGAGACUCAUCGCACCUCAGCUCAACAAAGACACUAAGAGGAUGUACAGUGAAGACACUGAGGCGUGGCUUAUAGUCAAAAAGGAUCUGACUCCACCCACUGGACCAGUCACACUGGACACAGAAAAUGUGCAGCUCGAAAUGAGCUGGGAAACAGCAGUGGGAGCCAAUUACCCUGGUUUUGCCUUUGUGGCAUUGGUGAAUUAUAAAUCUCUGAACUCCACCAACGUGUCGUCUCCGGUGAACCUGGGCGCAGAAACAAGGCACAAAAACACCACCUACCACCUCAACUCUGAAGUGGUGACGGCACUCGUCGGGAACACAGACACACACUCUCUGCCCGAGCCCGUCACGCUAACCUUCAGACACAAGAAUGAGAGAGAAGUUUCCAAGGGCCUGAACUACAGCUGUGUGUAUUGGGAUGACGCCCAGGCUGGAGGGGCGUGGUCAGGGCAGGGGUGCGUGAAGGCCACGUUUAACUCCACCCACGGCGUGUGCACCUGGAAUCACCUCAGCAGCUUUGCUGUCCUCAUGGCCCUCUAUCCCAUAGAGGAUACGUUUGAGUUGGUGUGGAUCACGCGGGUCGGCCUCACCCUCUCCAUCAUCUGCUUGUUUAUUUGUAUCCUGACCUUCUGGUUCUGUCGCUCUAUCCAGGGAACUCGAACAACAAUACACCUCCACUUGUGUGUGUGCCUCUUCAUUGCCAACAUUAUCUUCCUCUUCUUCAUAUCCAGCACACAGAACAAGGUGGGUUGUGCUACGAUCGCAGCGCUGCUCCACUUCUUCUACCUGGCUGCAUUCUGCUUCAUGCUGCUGGAGGGAGUGCAGCUCUAUCGCAUGGUGGUUCUGGUCUUCAACACCACGCUACACCCGCUCCAGCUGUAUGCUGUGGGAUACGGCAUUCCCCUCGCCAUCGUCAUCAUAUCCGCCCUCUCAUUCCCGUCUGGCUACGGCACCGAUCGCCAUUGCUGGCUCUCUUUGGAACAAGACUUCAUCUGGAGUUUCUUUGCACCGGUCUGCAUCAUCAUCCUCCUCAACAGUUUCUUCUUUGUCAUAACCGUCUGGAAACUCGUGCAAAAAUUCUCCAGUCUCAACCCAGACCUCUCCAAACUAAAACGACUCAGGGGGUUUGUCAUGACGGCUGUAGCUCAGCUGUGUGUGUUGGGAGGGAUGUGGGUGUUUGGUUGUUUCCUGUUUCAGGAGGAGGGGACGCUGGUGAUGGCGUACCUCUUCACUCUGCUUAACAGCCUGCAGGGGGCGCUCAUCUUCAUCAUGCACUGCCUCAUGAGCAAAUCGGUGAGAGAAGAAUAUAAGAAACUUUGUGGCAGAGCGUACACAUCAGAGAAGAAGAGACAUUCCGAAUACAGCACCAAUCAGUCCAGCAACAGUCGGCGGCCACUCAGGAGUCUUCAAAGCACAGGAGAAUCUCAGAUAUGAAGUCAUUUCAGGCUGCAUCCGAGUUUUCUACAACCGGAGGACUGUCGGGACACGGAACAACCCUCCUCAUCUUUUCAGCCAAUGGGAGCUAAUCGACUUCCUUUUUUUUUCUCCAUCUAGCCAAUAAGAAUUGACUGCAGAACUGCUUUUAUUUAGGGAAUGAAGCCAGGAGUGCUGAUUUCCACUCGGUGAACUGUAAUGGCCACUAGUUUCACAUGCAAGCGAUAUUAAGAGAGAUGUUUUAGGGGUCUAUUUUGGUCAGUCGUCAAAAAAAAGGAAAUGCGACGCAUGCUUAUCACGGUCAGAGCAAGUAAGUUAAGCUAUUGGAGGAUGACCACCUCUGAGCCAAUCAGGAUGGAGGGAGUAAACUAUUUAUACAUGAUGAUGCGUUCCUACCUGUCCUACUUUUAUGCUUUAUCUGUGGUUUAAAUCACAAAAGGUACUUUAGAGUCCAGCUAUUAAAGGAUAUAUAUUUAUUUAAAAAAGUAAAAAAAAUAAAAUAUUCUGAAAUUCACUCUAAAGUUUUGUUUAAACCCGCUAGCUGUUCUGCUAGCUAGCUCAGAUCGAGGACUCGCAGCUGCUGGGAAAACGUUCUGAUCUGAAACAUUAUUAUAAAAUCCUGCAGCUUCUAAUGAUUUCUAAAGGGAGUGUUUUACCGUAAAGCCGUUUCUGAUGAGCACAAUCCAGUGCAGAUCUUCUCACAAGCCUCACUUUAAAAAAGAAGUCGUAUUUUUGAGUAGUAUUACAGGUGCAGUUUGGUCCAGCUGGAGUUCGAUGCUGAGACAUGGACAGAACAUUUUAGUAUAAUAUGUAUGUCAAUUGUACGUUUUUUAAAAUGAUUUAAUAGUUGAAAUAAACCUGGUUUGUGACGGGGGACUCGGACCCUGUCUGCGCAACCAUUUUUUAUACAAUUUUAUUUUUUUUUUUUUUCCAGAGAGCACUUUUAUUCUUAUGUCUUGAUCUUUGUUGAUCGUUUCACCUCUUAUGAAUGUUCUGUGUAAUUUACUAUAUAUUUACAUAGUUUUUUAUGUUUUUUUUAUCCUCUGAAUUGUUUUUUUAUUUACGUUUUUUACGUUUUUUUUGUAUUGUUUUUCCUGCUUUGUUGCACCAUCGUGUUAAAUAUAAAUAUAUUUGUUUUGCGGUUGCACUCUUUAAUAAGCUCAGGGUGAGACAUGCCCCUGAUCUGGUACUGAUGUCUUCUCCAGCCUUAAUAAAAACACACUUUAAUGGA